AUUGUUUUAUUCAUUUGAAAACUUAAUUAGUUGACUUGACUUUGUAUUAGAUCAUAAAGGAGAGGGGGGAAAACAAAGUCUCGCCCCUAUAAUCCUACUUUUGAUAUGAUCUCACUUGUAAUGAACUUUGCAUCUUCUCUUCUCUUAGACGAUAGAAUUGACUUCCAUCAAUGGCGAACAAACAAUAACCACAAGAACUAAUCUUCUGAUAAAAGCAAUUCCAAUUUCCAACUGAAAAGAGCAAUCCUCUUAUGAUUGAAAUGACUUCUCAACAACUACGAGCACAAAUAAAAUAGUAACCAAGUUGAAAUUUCGAACUAUUCAUCUUCCCAAAUUCAAAGAUUGUGACACAUUGGGAGGAAAAAAAAAACUAGUAUUAAAUGAUAUUUCAAACAAAUAACAUCAACAUAUCUAUCCCAUACAAAUCCAGAAAGAGUUUUAAUUUCCUCUUCAAUCAAAAUCAAUGGCAAUUUCGCCUCCUCCUCCACUGGUUCAGUUCAUCUGUAUUUUCAUUUUAGCUUUCGAAGCUUCACCUUUUUUUACCGUUGGAUCCUCCUCCUCCAUCUCCAACCUUGAAUCAGACAAGCAAGCUUUGAUUUCCCUAAAGUCUGGAUUCAAUAACCUUAAUCUUUACGACCCUUUAUCUUCUUGGGAUCAAAAUUCAUCUCCUUGCAAUUGGACAGGAGUAACCUGCAAUGAAGAUGGUGAAAGAGUUGUUGAGCUUGAUCUUUCUGGGUUAGCUCUUGCAGGGUCUCUGCAUAUGCAAAUUGGCAAUCUUUCAUUCCUCAAAUCCCUUCAACUUCAAAACAACCAAUUAACAGGUCCAAUUCCAAUUCAAAUUGGCAAUCUUUUUCGCUUGCAAGUUCUGAAUAUGAGCUUCAAUUACAUAAGAGGUAGCCUCCCUUUCAACAUCAGUGGAAUGACAGAGCUUGAGAUUCUUGACUUGACUUCAAACAGAAUCACAAGCCAAAUUCCACAAGCACUUAGCCAUUUGACAAAGCUCAAAGUUUUGAACUUGGGACAGAAUCAUCUCUAUGGUACAAUUCCCCCAUCUUUUGGGAACCUUACUUCUCUCGUAACCUUAAAUUUAGGAACCAAUUCAGUGAGUGGUUCGAUUCCUUCUGAAUUGGGUCGUCUUCAAAAUUUGAAGGAUUUCAUGAUUUCCAUUAAUAAUUUCAGUGGUAUUGUUCCCUCUAGCAUUUACAACAUGUCUUCAUUGGUUACCUUGAUAUUAGCUGCAAAUCGUCUUCAUGGAACACUCCCCAAGGAUUUUGGAGAUAGUCUCCCAAAUCUUUUGUUCUUCAAUUUCUGUUUCAAUAGAUUUUCAGGGACAAUUCCAGAAUCAAUGCACAAUAUGACUCAAAUACGAAUUAUACGCUUUGCUCAUAACCUUUUUGAAGGCACAAUCCCACCAGGUUUGGAAAAUUUACCUAAUCUUCAAAUGUAUUAUAUUGGACAUAACAAGAUCGUUAGUUCAGGUCCAAAUGGGCUUAGUUUCAUCACUUCAUUAACCAAUAGCUCUCGUCUUACUUUCAUUGCGGUUGAUGAAAACUAUUUAGAAGGUGCGAUUCCUGAAUCCAUUGGAAAUCUUUCUAAAGUCUUCUCAAGAUUAUACAUGGGAGGGAAUCGAAUUUAUGGGAAUAUACCAUCUUCAGUUGGUAAUCUUCGUAGCUUAACUCUGUUGAAUUUGAACAAAAACUUGCUAACUGGUGAAAUCCCACCUCAAAUUGGCCACUUGGAGCAAUUACAAUUGUUGGGGUUAGCUAAAAAUCAGAUCUUUGGUAGAAUUCCAAGCUCAUUGGGGAACCUUAGAAAAUUAAACCACAUUGAUUUGUCAGAAAACAAUCUUAUUGGGAAUAUCCCCGUUUCUUUUGGGAACUUCACAAACUUGCUUGCAAUGGAUUUGUCAAAAAAUAAACUCAGUGGGGAAAUACCCAAAGAGGCUCUAAAUUAUCCUAGUUUGAGUAUGAUUUUGAAUCUUUCCAACAAUAUGCUAAGUGGGAAUUUGCCUAAAGAAAUUGGGUUCCUUGAAAAUGUUGAGAAAAUGGACAUCUCUGAAAAUCUCUUUUCUGGCAACAUUCCUCCUUCCAUUGUUGGCUGCAAGAGCUUGGAGGUAUUAACAAUGGCGAAGAAUGAAUUUUCAGGUCAAAUUCCAAGUACUAUUGGAGAAAUCACGGGGCUUCGAGCUUUAGAUCUUUCCUCCAACAAACUUUCAGGUCCCAUUCCUAAGAAUCUCCAAAACAGAGCAGUAAUACAGCUCUUGAAUCUCUCAUUUAACGAUCUCGAAGGAGUGGUUUCUGAAGGUGGAAGAGCCUACUUAGAAGGAAACCCAAAACUUUGCUUGCCUUCCUUGUGUCAAAAUAACAAACCCCACAACAAAAGAAGAAUCAAAAUCAUAUCUUUAACAGUCAUCUUCUCAACAUUAGCACUAGUCUGUUUCACAAUGAGAACUUGGUAUCAUCUGACUAAGAAAAAGUCAAAAACUUCACCGUCGUCAUCAACUAAUGAACUGAUCAAAAGGCAUCACGAAAUGGUCUCAUAUGAGGAGAUUCGAACCGGGACUGCAAAUUUCAGUGAAGAAAAUUUGUUGGGAAAGGGAAGUUUUGGGUCAGUUUACAAAGGGUAUUUAAAUCUAAAUCAAAUAGAUGGGGGAGUUUUUGCAAUCAAAGUGUUGAACAUUGAACGAAGUGGGUAUAUAAAGAGCUUUUUGUCGGAGUGUGAAGCAUUGAGAAACGUGAGGCAUCGGAAUUUAGUGAAACUGAUUACAUCUUGUUCGAGUAUAGACCGUGAAGGAAGGGAUUUUAGAGGUUUGGUUUAUGAGUUUUUGUGUAAUGGAAGCUUGGAGGAGUGGAUUUAUGGGAAAAGGCAUCAUUUGGAUGGAAGUGGGUUGGAUUUAAUGGAGAGAUUGAAGAUUGGGAUUGAUGUUGGGUGUGUUUUGGAGUAUCUUCACCAUGGAUGUCAAGUGCCGAUUGUUCACUGUGAUUUGAAGCCUGGUAACAUUUUAUUGGCGGAAGACAUGAGUGCAAAAGUUGGGGAUUUUGGGUUGGCCAGGUUGUUGAUGGAAAAUGAACCAAAUCAAUAUUCUUCCAUAACUUCUUCUCAUGUUCUUAAAGGUUCCAUUGGUUACAUUCCUCCAGAAUACGGUAUGGGAAGAACGGCAACGGUGGCCGGAGAUGUAUAUAGUUUUGGCAUUACUUUGUUGGAGCUUUUUACUGGAAAGAGUCCAACCGAUAAAGAAUUUAGCGAAGAACAAAGUCUAAUUAAAUGGGUUGAAUCCACUUAUUUGAGAGAUUUGAUGCAAACAGUUGCUAAUAAUCAAUUAAGCCUAAUUGGCUUUCAUUCCACUAAUCAAAUGGAUUGCUUGAUUGAAGUCAUCAACGUUGCCAUCUCUUGUGCUGCUCCUUCUCCUGAUAAACGCAUUACCAUUAAGGAUGCUCUUUUCAGGCUUCAAAAUGCUACAAAUUCCAUGUUGAGAAUGAAUUAGGACUUUGAUUUUCUGUUGUUAUUAGCAUAUACUUCAUUUUUUAAUAUUAAAUAUUUAAAUCACUAUAUCGUAUUUGUCGGAAAA